GGGACCUGGCGAGGGACUGGGGCAGAAGGGCUGUUCCAGGAGCCGGCGUGGGUGAGCAGGACUGCAGGAGGAUGUGGGCAGCCGAGGCAGCAGGCCUCCAAGCAGACGGGUCUGCGGGAGACACAGGGGAGGGGAGGCCUGGGCUACGGUGUUGGCUUGGGCAGUCAGUUGGGCCCGAUGGGGGCCUGAUGUGCUGCAGGCAAUCCCCAGUCUGGCCUCAUGAUUUUCGGAUCUCUGCUGCUCACCGGCUCCUCCUGCCAGCUUCCCUGCCGCGCUGGGCAUGGCUGUUCCUCAGCAAGGAGCUCUGAAGCCAGAACUGACCUGAAGUUUCAGUGUAGUCUGAGAGCUCUUCAAGUAAUAAAUCAUGGAGACCAGUCAGGAAACUUCCCUCUUCUUGGUGAAGAUCUUGGAGGAACUGGACAGCAAGCAAAAUACCGUUUCUUAUCAGGACCUGUGCAAAUCUCUCUGUGCCCGGUUCGACCUGUCGCAGCUUGCCAAACUGAGAAGUGUGCUCUUCUACACAGCUUGUCUCGAUCCCAAUUUUCCAGCCACGCUAUUCAAAGACAAGAUGAAAUGCACUGUGAAUAACCAGCAAUCAAAGAAAAUCAUGGUGGCAGCAGAUAUUGUGACGAUAUUCAACCUGAUCCAAAUGAAUGGCGGGGCUGCCAAGGAGAAGCUGCCCACGGGCCGCCAGAAGGUACGCAAGAAGGAGGCAUCCUUUGAAUCAUGUAGGUCGGACACAGAGAUCUGCAAUGCAGCUGAGUGUGAGCCCCUGAACUGUGAGCUGAGUGAGAGGUCUUUCAGCCGGGGCUACCCCACCAGGCAGUCGUCCAAGUGCCGGAAGAUGGACUGCAAGGACUGCCCACAGUUUGUCCCUGCCUCUGAGCCUAACUUCCUGUUGGGAGUUAGCAAAGAGGUGAAAAACCGCGCUGCUUCCCUGGACAGGUUGCAGGCCCUGGCUCCGUACUCUGUGACCAGCCCUCAGCCCUGUGAGAUGCAGAGGACCUACUUCCCCAUGAACAUCGAAAACGAGUCCAUUUCAGACCAGGACUCCCUGCCCAUCAAUCAGAGCAUCAAGGAGACCUUCAUUUCCAAUGAGGAGCCAUUUGUGGUCCAGUCCUGUGUCCAGAAAAGGAAUAUCUUCAAAGAGGAUUUUCACAAUUUGAUGGCAGUGUCCCCCAGUUUGGUUGGCCCCAUCAGCAAAGCAGAGAAUGAGCACAGGGAACCCCAGAGUCGAAAGGAACCCCACAAGCCACCCUUCUUCAACCACAGCUUUGAAAUGCCCUAUAACAGCCAGUACCUGAAUCCGGUGUAUUCCCCGGUUCCUGACAAAAGGCGAGCAAAGCACGAAAGCUUAGAUGACCUUCAAGCCUCUACAUAUUUUGGGCCCACUCCCGUGAUGGGAACCCAAGAAGCCAGGCGCUGUCUAGGGAAGCCCAACAAGCAGACUCCCUGGCCAGCCAAAAGCUGGAGCCUAAACACAGAGGAAGUUCCUGACUUUGAACGGUCUUUUUUCAAUAGAAAUCCCUCCGAGGAGAAGCUACGCUAUCCAAAUGCCAGUAGCCAGACUCCCAAUUUCCCAGCCCCAGAUAGGCGCCCAACUUACCUUGUGCCAAAGGAUCAACAGCCAAUUCUCCCCAUUGCUUAUGCGGCAAAACAAAAUGGGCUCAAAUCUAAAGAGAUCUCAUCCCCUGUUGACCUGGAGAAGCAUGAACCAGUCAAAAAGUUUAAAGACAAGAGCAUUAACUGCACCAGUGGGCAGCUCAGCUCAGACACCAGUAGCGUGGGCACCCAGACCGAGCACGUGCUGGAGCCCAAGAAAUGCAGAGACCUGUGCACCUCUGGUCAGGGCAAGUACAGUGACAGGCACACCAUGAAGCACUCAGACGAUGACUCAGAAAUUGUCAGCGACGACAUCAGUGACAUUUUCCGAUUUCUUGAUGACAUGAGCAUCAGUGGCUCUACGGGAGUGAUACAGUCGUCCUGCUACAACAGCACAGGGUCCUUGUCUCAGCUCCAUAAGUCAGACUGCGACAGUUCCCCUGAACACAACUUAACCAAAAUUGCCAAUGGGGUCCCCAACAGCAAGGGAGACAAGGGCAACCGGCCUGAAAACACCCACCACUCGGAAGAAGAGCUGAAGACCAGUGUGUGCAAACUGGUGCUCAGGAUUGGCGAAAUCGAACGGAAGCUGGAAUCCCUGUCGGGUGUCCGUGAUGAAAUCUCCCAGGUCUUGGGCAAACUAAAUAAAUUGGACCAGAAAAUGCAACAGCCUGAGAAGGUGAGUGUGCAGAUAGAUCUGAACUCCUUGACAAGCGAGGGUCCGUCUGAUGACAGUGCCUCUCCCCGGAUGUUCCACGCACACACUGGCUCCCACGGACCAAAACUAGAGAACAACCCUGACUGGUGCUGCUCUGAUGCUAGCGGGAGCAACAGUGAAAGCCUGCGGGUCAAGGCCUUAAAAAAAAGCCUCUUCACCAGGCCAUCCUCUAGGUCCCUAACAGAGGAGAACAGUGCCACAGAGUCCAAAAUUGCCAGCAUCUCCAACUCGCCCAGAGACUGGCGCACCAUCACUUAUACCAACCGUGUGGGCCUCAAUGAGGAGGAGAUAAAAGACACAGGCCCAGGAGAUAAUAAAGACUGGCAUCGGAAAUCUAAAGAGGCCCACAUGAAGAGCAACCCCCUGUACACAGACAUGCGGCUGACCGAGUUGGCCGAGGUGAAGCGGGGCCAACCUUCUUGGACCAUUGAGGAGUAUGCACGGAAUGCGGGCGACAAGGGCAAGCUGACAGCCCUGGACCUUCAGACGCAAGAAUCUUUAAACCCAAAUAAUUUAGAGUACUGGAUGGAAGACAUUUAUACUCCAGGAUACGAUUCAUUACUGAAACGUAAAGAAGCCGAAUUCAGACGAGCCAAGGUCUGCAAGAUAGCUGCUCUGAUCGCUGCUGCGGCAUGCACCGUCAUCCUCGUUAUUGUCGUGCCCAUCUGCACAAUGAAAUCAUGAGCUAAGAAUGCAACCUUACGUACAGCUUAUGACUACCAAUGUCGUCGUCUAUAUCUUAGAAUCUUGCAGCAGUGAGGCAACAAUUUGUUGAAAUAGAGAUGAAAUCAUGGAGGCAUUUCUACAAAUGUUGAAUGAAGGUGUGAAGGUGGUUUUCAGAAAGUAUACAUUCUAGUGAGAAAUCUACCUACCUAUUAGCUUUGACUCAAUUACACUCUGACGCAUUUUUAGAAGUGCAAUAUCUUUUCCUACCAAAAGAACAUCAUGGACUAUCAAUAAAUACAAAUUGAAUAUUCCAAGCCAAAAAAGGAAGAUUAGUUGGGUUCUUUCCAUUUUGAUGAUGUUUCAUGGUGGGGAAUAAAUUAUACAGAAGAUAUUUAAUACACGCCUCUUUAGAAGAAACUAAGGGAAAUAGCAACAUAAGAAGAAAAGAGGUGGGUUCUCUUUUCCAUAAUGUUCUUAGACCAUUGCUGGUGAAGUAACAGGGUGUGUGUCCCUAAAGGGUAUUACUUCUCUGUCGACUUUUAUCAAGGGCUACUGACGUUUCAUUCUUGCCCUUUUGUCAUCAACACGACAGAGUGUCUGCAUCACUGCAGAUCUUCAUGGAAACAUUCUGGACCUUCUUCCUUGCACUUGGAGUGAGAAGGAGCUGGACUACCAAGUCAGGCGUGGAAUGAAGUAUGCUCAGACUGCAUGAUGGGCCAAGGUAUUCAGGCCAGGAGACCUCGUCCUCAAUCCAAAGUGUAGGGGAGCUGCCUGCUAACGAUGUAAGGUCAGUAUUUGAAAAUCAUGGCCACUCCAAAGGAUCUCCUGUUCUUGCUUUGGUGUGUGGCUCUAUUCCUUGAUUUUCUAUCUCCUGGUGGUACUAGAUGCUCUGCCUCUCAUACAUGAGUUGAAGAGUUUGGAACUUGUCCUUGUGCCUUGAAGAGUAGAGACAAUGGCUAAACGUUGACAUUCUAUCUGUAAACCAUGGUUUUCACGCACCACUAAUAUCUGCCAUUUUCAAUGGCUUUAAAAAGAUUUUGAAAGCUUGCUCAAUAAUGUUCAAUAAUAUAAUAAUAAUAAAGGCACUGAGGUCUUCUCAGUUACCCCAACA